AUGGCGGUCGUUUCAGCCCUGCUUCGCUACUGCAUGAGGCAUCCAGCCCGUGUAUUGUGUAUCACUUUGUUAGUACUGCUUGUAAUCGCCAGCCGAUUUCUUUAUUCUUCGGUUCCGGAACAGCAGCAUCUUCACGAGCUAAAUAUUAUGGCUGGCAGCUUAUCACGUGUGGGUAACAGAAAACUUGUUCAUUCUAAAGCGAAGGGAUACCAACCUAUUUUGCCUGUAAAACAUGUAGGUGUUGAAUUAGAAAAUAGUGAGUUUAAACAGGCGAAAGGGAAAGAACGCGAUGAGAAAGAAAAUGAGAAAAAGUUCGCAAAGUCGGGUGAAAUAAAGAUGAAUUUCGAGGCGAAGGCAUCAGAUGCAAAAGAAGAUAGUUAUCACGAACAAAAGAUUGAAAAUGACUUAACUCAUUGGAAAAUUCCGGACAGUGAAAGGCUUCGUGAACUUGCAGGAAAAUUACCACCGUUUGAGGAAGCUGAAAAAGAAGAAGAAAGUGAAAAUGAGUUAACCCAUCGGAAAAUGGCAGACACUGAAAGAUUGCAUGGAAAUGCGGGAAAGUUAUCCCCUUUUGAGGUAGCCGAGAGCAAUGUAGAGAGCGAAAAUGACUUAAAUCCUCAGAAAAUUCCAGAUAAUGAGAAGAAUCAUGAAAAUGCCGGGAAUGCAUUGUUUCCUAAAGUAGCUAAAAAGGAUGAAGAGCUCCCAGAAACAAAGAUAUCACAAGAAGAGGGGGAGCAAAUGCACAAAGCACAACGUGAUAAUCUGACUGUAAGGAAAGAUCGAAAGAAGAGCCAAAAGCGUGACUCUUCUCGACAGAAGAACAACAUCUUCAUGGUGCUUGCCAAAGUUGGCCAGACAAGUCCCCUUGCUCAACGGUUCAAGCAUUGUAUCAAGUCAAUAUGUGCACAUUCAACAAUACAUCUGACUUUUCAUAUUUUAACUGACAAUCAGGGGAAACUGACAAGUGACAAUACCUUUAAUGAAGCUGCCAAAGUGUGUAGGAAUGGAUUGAAUGUGACAUACUAUGAUGUUGGGGAGGUGGUAAAAAAGGUCCAGCCAGUUAUUAAAGAUCUCAAGGUAAAACAUGGUUUCCAUAACAGUUAACCAUUACGCCAAUAUAUCCACAUACAAAUUCUCCAAACUGAUCUCCAUAGACUUCCGUAAAGAAGUAGUUGAAAGAAUUUGACGUAAGAUCAAAGCAUUUUCCCUGAGGUGAUCAUUUUAUUAAAUCUCAUAACCUUUUCUUUUGAUAAUGUACUGAUAGUGCGUGGAGAAAAUUCAUGUUGAUCAGUCUUGGGAGGAUGCAUGAAAUGAAAAUUUAAGCCUGACAGGUUCUUAAAUUUUAGGUUCUUAUAAGUGGUGUUUUACUGUAAUGCGUGCAAAGCCUAUGUUACAGGUCAAAAUUAAAUUCAGGUUAAAAGUUCUUAACCUAGGUCGAUNUUUAAUGAAGCUGCCAAAGUGUGUAGGAAUGGAUUGAAUGUGACAUACUAUGAUGUUGGGGAGGUGGUAAAAAAGGUCCAGCCAGUUAUUAAAGAUCUCAAGGUAAAACAUGGUUUCCAUAACAGUUAACCCAUUACGCCAAUAUAUCCACAUACAAAUUCUCCAAACUGAUCUCCAUACACUUCCGUAAAGAAGUAGUUGAAAGAAUUUGACGUAAGAUCAAAGCAUUUUCCCUGAGGUUAUCAUUUUAUUAAAUCUCAUAACCUUUUCUUUUGAUAAUGUACUGAUAGUGCGUGGAGAAAAUUCAUGUUGAUCACUCUUGGGAGGAUGCAUGAAAUGAAAAUUUAAGCCUGACAGGUUCUUAAAUUUUAGGUUCUUAUAAGUGGUGUUUUACUGUAAUGCGUGCAAAGCCUAUGUUACAGGUCAAAAUUAAAUUCAGGUUAAAAGUUCUUAACCUAGGUCGAUACUCAGUUUCCUUUGUCUCCUAGACCUGAUUAUAAUUCAAGAAUUAGGGCAAGGAGACAAAAACGGAAAUUGAGAAUCAACCUAGCUUAAAAGUUUUUAGCCUGAAUUUAAUUUUGACUGGUAACACUUACAUCCUAGUUCUGGGCCCUCAACGGUCUAGAUGAAUACUAUUACCAGAAAUGAGUUUCGAAUUUCCCUUUAACAUUACUGGCAAAUCAAUAAUGGCUUUGUUAACAGGCCAUUCAUUUAUGGUGUGUACUCGAAUCCUGGUGCACAGGUGGGGGCCCACAAUAAGGAUUUUUGUGUGUUUGACAAAUGGACUACCCUGCAAGCAGAGGCUACUUUUUCGCUGUGUGAGCUGGCCUGCGAAAAGUAGCCUCUAUCGACAACCUUUCAAAUCCAUCCAGAAAUCUGGACGAAUAAAUUUACAAAAACGUUUUUUCCCUGUUAUUGACCGGUUUGGAACAUUGCAUGAGUCUUGGGUAGCAGAUCAGAGUUGUCGCAAUUUUUUCUAUUACUGCGAAAACUCGUGCGAUUUGACGACAGACCUUAUGAUUACUUUUGCUUGCAAAUCGCGUGAUGAAUUUCGAGCAUGCACGAUAGAAAAUUAAACGCUUUUCGGCAGAGGCUACUUUUGGCACGACAGCUCACACAGCGAAAAAUAGCUCCUGCUCGCAGGGUACAGAUGGACUUAGCGAGAAGUUUAGUUCCACCUGUGGUGCAGGCUACUCUAACAGUUUACCUGGUUUCAUACAAGGUCUUGGUUUGGCUUACCUGAUUUCAUACAGGGAUUGUAAAAAUGCAUUUAACCAAUUCAAGGUUGAUUUCUCUAAUCCCACAAUCAACACUUUGUGUUUUUCCUUUAUGUUUCAGCCUAUCUUUACCAAUGGUGAUCCCAAUUCUUACUACAGUGAUUCUCUGUUCUUUGUAUCAACUGCAAUUCAUCAUGUUUUGCCUAAAAAUAUGAUGCGCAUCAUAUCACUGGAUUCAGACUUGCUUUUCCAAGCAGACAUCAAGCAUUUGUUUUCUGAGUUUGAUACCUUUAAGUCCAGGAUGGUCCUUGGUCUUGCAAGAGAACAACAACCUGUCUAUAGACAUGUUUUGCACAUGUUUCGAAACCGAAAUCCUGGCACAAAUGUCGGCGGACCACCUCCUAAUGGCCUUACAGGAUUUAACAGUGGGGUAAUCUUAGUCAAUCUACACAACAUGCGCAAAUCAAAACUGUACAACAGUCUCUUAAAUGGCAGUAUAGUGAAAGAACUUGCCAAUAGGUACUCUUUUCAAGGGCACCUUGGCGAUCAAGACUUUUAUUCCUUAAUCAAUUUGGAAUACCCUGAACUCUUUCACAUCCUUCCAUGUUCGUGGAAUCGUCAAUUAUGCACUUUCUGGAAGGAUCACGGAUAUACUGAAGUCUUUGAUUCAUACUUCAACUGUUCUGGACCCAUUCAUGUGUAUCAUGGCAACUGUGGGACUAAAAUGCCUAAUGAAUGA